AUGUCAACUCCAGCACCUUUUCUCCCCUUGGCAGGUAUGCACAAGCCGGUAUGUGUCUUCUGUGGGUCCAACAUUGGGACUAGUCCAAUCUACAUAGAAGCCGCCCAUGCCGUAGGGAAAGCUCUUGCCGAAGCUCACACACCUAUGAUCUAUGGAGGUGGUCAGCGAGGCAUCAUGGGCGUAGUCUCAAAAGCUUGCCUCGAAGCUGGUGGAUACGUCCAUGGUGUACUCCCCCGAGCUUUAGUGAAGAGGGCUUCAGAGUACACCCCAGCGCCCUCCUCCAGCGGUGCAUCAACGAAUCAGGUCAAGUCUGAAGAAGGGACAGGAAAGGAGAUCCUCACUGAGGAUUACGGUGGUCGAUUCACAAAUCAGGUCACUGGUACGAUGCAUGAUAGAAAAAUGAGGAUGGCUCAAUUGGCCACGGGCGGAUUUAUCGUCCUUCCUGGUGGCUAUGGGACGUUCGAGGAAGCCUUGGAGAUGAUCACGUGGAACCAGCUCGGCAUCCAUCGUCUACCAGUGAUUAUACUUAAUGUUGGCAACUUCUACACUCCCCUCAGAACACUUUUCGGAUCUGCCGCCAAAGCGGGGUUUAUCAAUCCGGAAAACCUCUCACUCAUGCGCAUAGUCGAUCUUCCAGGAGGAGAGUCAGCUAAUUCGGAUAUGUCACUAGCAGGGGGAUGGGGUGAAGCCACAGUAUCCGCCCUUCGAGCUUGGUCCUUGGAGCCCACGGCCGGCUACGGAUUCUCAUGGGAAGACAAUGUCACGGAGCUUGAAGGAGAAACGAAGACUGAUGAGAAUGACCAACCGUCGUUCUCAUUGUUCACUACGAUGAGGUAUGCCAGUGGGCAUUCACCUUUUGAGAGACGAGUCGGAUCGUCGGAAGUCCCGUUGUUUCCUUGGCAUUUGAAACGUCUGAGAGAGGCGCAUAAGUAUUUCUCGGGCAAGAGCGGCCAAGGAGUCUGGGGCGUAUGGCCGGGGGAUGAAAGAAUUUGGGAGAAGAUCGAGACAUUACUGAAGCAGUGUGAACCUGGUGAUUACAGAGUGAGAGUCGUCUUACAUCCUCUUCCAACCGAUUUGGAAGUGCAGGCUAUACCGGCUCCUGCGGACGCAAACUUCUUUCAAUUACGUCCUGCACCCGCGAGAAGCCCUUUCAGACGACCCCUAGUGCUGGACCCGUUGGAAACUGACCUUUCUACGGAGACACAAUCACAGAGAGAUUCCAGACUCUACAAAACGACCUUACGACAGAUAUACGAUCAUGCGGCAGAACGAGGGGCAGCAGGAGCUUCUGGUUCCCAUCCGGAAGUGCUUUUACAUACAAAAUCCGUAUUACUAGAGACAAAUACUUCCAACAUCGCCAUUUAUCUUCCCGUACCCGGUAUGCCUGAUUGGGCCACACCACGACUAGACCGUAAGACUGCACCAUUUCUCGACGGAGUGAUGCGGAGAUAUCUCCUAGAGAAAGGUAUCGUUAGAGAGGUGGAUCUCACGGUUGACGAUUGGGAAGCCGCCCAGAGAGAUGGUAGAAGAGUCAUCGGUUUUAAUGGACUAAGAGGCGUAUGGGAGGCAGAGAUUUGAAACGACAUGUCAACUCUCAUCCUUUCAUCCACAUAGAAGAUGAUAUGAAACGCAGAAUACGUUCCUU